AUGUUUGAUCAAGCCACUAGUAUGGGCGAUGGGAUCGCCGAGGACAGAAACGAUCACUGUGGAUCCAACUCACUUUGUCCAGAACGUAUGGAACCCAAGUGCCGUACCGAGAUAGGAAGCAGGUCCCCGGUCCAGAGCAUCGCCGACACCCCGGGGACAUCAGCAUCCACCCCAACUUCCUCAAGUGAAGAUGGACAUGAUAAACUUUUGGGAGUGGACCCUGACUACUGCCGAAGAAUUCUAGUCAGAGAUGCCAAGGGCACCAUCCGCGAGAUCGUUCUGCCGAAAGGCUUGGAUCUCGACAGGCCGAAACGCACGCGAACCUCCUUCACCGCCGAGCAGCUCUACAGACUCGAGCUCGAAUUCCAGCGCUGCCAAUACGUGGUGGGCCGGGAGCGCACAGAACUGGCGCGGCAGUUAAACCUGUCGGAGACUCAGCAGGCUCUUCUGAACGAGGCAGUAGGAGCUAGACCCUCAGCGCUGUGA